AUGGCAGCAGCAGCAAGUCGCAAUGUGCUGCGACGGUCCAUGCUCUAUGUCCCUGGCUCCUCCCAAAAAUUUCUCGACAAGUCCCGCACCCUCACCGCGGACUGCAUAGCCUACGACCUCGAAGACAGCGUGACACCCGGCCGCAAAGCCGAAGCCCGCAAGCUCGUCCGCACCGCCAUCGACCAACCCACCCCAGACAAUGUCCGCGAGCGCGCCGUCCGCAUCAACAGCGUCGGCAGCGGCCUCGCCCUCGCCGACAUUCAAGAAGUCUUACAAUCCCCCAACCUAACCACCCUCGUCGUGCCCAAAGUCGAAUCUGCUUCGGAUGUGCACUUUGUGCGCGAUGUGAUCGCCCACAGCCGGCCAAAGGAGCUGGCCGACAGCAAACCUCCAAUUACAAUGAUCGCGCUUAUAGAGUCUGCUCGAUCACUCACAGACCUGACCUCGAUCUGCGCCGCCGGCCCGGGUUUACUGAGUGGGCUGACCUUUGCGGCCGAGGACUUCGCGCUCGACCUCUCCCUCACACGCACACCCAGCCUGACCGAGUUCCUCUUCGCUCGCAGCGCAAUCGUCACUGCGGCACGUGCCCACGACCUUCCCUCCACUCUCGACCUCGUCGCAACGGCGUUCCGCUCGGAAGCAGACCAGGAGCAGCUGGUGCAGGAAUGCGAGGAUGGCGUAAGGAUGGGGUUCAACGGGAAACAAUGUAUUCACCCGAGUCAAGUCGCCACGGUGAAUAAGGUCUACAGUCCGUCGGAAAAGUUAGUGGAGUGGGCGGUGAGGCUGGUGAUUGCACAGAAGAAGGCGGAGGAGCAAGGACGAGGGGCGUGGACGUUGGAUGGGAAGAUGAUUGAUGCGCCUGUUGAGGGCAAGGCAAGGGCAAUCGUGGCAAAAGCCGAGCAGAUCGAUGCGGACCUGGUCAAGAGACUAAGGGAGCAGCACAAGGAUCAAGAGCCGCAAUGA